AUGAACAAAGUUAAAACCAAACAUAGGAAAUAAGCUGAAAAUGAUUUUGAUUCUUCUCUAAGUGAAAAUAGCAAUCAAAGUUGUGAUGAUCAUCAACCUAUCACAAUGAAUUUUUUAGAAGAAAUAAAAGGACAUCUAGAAGGGGAUAUUAGUUUUGAAACUAAUGAACAUGAUAUUUAUGACCCUGCUUUCUCAUAAACCAUAAGCCAUAGAAUUAAAGAUCAUUAAGACACAGCAUUUCAUAAAUUAAAAUUAAAAUCUGAUACUUAAUCUAUUAAGUCUUCAAAUUCAAUAAAUAUCAUUUGUUCAUUAGAAAUAUUUCAAUAAUAAUUAGAAUUUAAACAUCCUUAGAGUCUUCCAGAUCAAUAAAAUAUGUUAAAAAUAUCUGAUUCAAAAAAAUAAUAAAUAAAUUUUUUAUGGGAAAAACUACGAUAAAAAACUAAGGAUUAAGAAAAAUGA